CUUUUAACUAGCGACAAGGGAUGUUGCUAACGACGUUAGCAACGUCGCUAUCUAGCUUAACGUUAUGUGCUCAGUUGGGGGACUGUCAAUUUGCAAGAUUACCGUAAAAAAAAAAGCCAGCUAGUUAGCAAACAAAUGUAGUUAUGAGUGUUGUGACAUGCCAGCCAGUAGCAGAACUAGCUAACUGGAUAGCAGACUUAACGUUAGGGUGGUUUGUCUAGAUACGUCAUUGUGUGUAGUGGUGUCUGUCUGGCUUGGUGGGUAAACUUGUCUGAUAUUCAUUAAGUGGAUUAGCUAGUUAACGAUGUUAGUUCUGCAUUCCCGAAACCCUAUCCAGCUGAAACCCUACGUGUUAAUAUCCAACCGAGCAGCAGUCAAAAUGCUAUCAAGCAGAUGGUAAACACUGCGUAGUCUUAUACCAGCUGUGUAGUGUUAACCACCGAGCUAACACAAGGAGCUUAAAGCAAGAAAAGACUACAAAAGGAACUAAUGGCUUUGCAAAAUGAUCCGCCCCCUGGAAUGACGCUUAAUGAGAAAAGUGUACAGAACACCAUCACACAAUGGAUUGUAGAUAUGGAAGGAGCCACGGGCACGCUCUACGAAGGAGAGAAAUUUCAGCUGCUUUUCAAAUUCAGUAGUCGGUAUCCUUUCGAUUCACCUCAGGUAAUGUUCACGGGAGAGAAUAUACCUGUACAUCCUCACGUUUAUAGCAACGGUCACAUCUGUCUAUCCAUUCUAACUGAAGACUGGUCGCCAGCCCUCUCAGUGCAAUCAGUCUGUCUCAGCAUUAUCAGCAUGCUGUCCAGCUGCAAAGAAAAGAGACGGCCACCCGACAACUCCUUUUACGUAAGAACGUGUAACAAAAACCCAAAGAAAACAAAAUGGUGGUAUCACGAUGAUACGUGCUAAUACAUGUUGUAAUAGUUUGAGAAGAAAGAAGCCCUACUGAACCGCAUAAAGCACUUUUGAAUCAUACAGUCACUGAACUCUGCCCUUUUGACUUGAACAAUGGACACCGUGAUGCGCCGGAGACUCUGUUUGAACUGCAUUUCCCAGAGGGCAGUUGGGUGCAUGUUUUUAGCCGGGUUGUAAUAUACAAAAUAAUAAAAUAAUAAUAAUAAUAAUAAUAAUAAAGAAACGUCAUGUGUACCAACAAUGGAUUGUUUUUGCAACAACAAAAAAAGGUCAUUAUGCAGCCAGCGAGAGAAAUGGUUUCGUUAUUGUUUUAAGAUGAUUCUUGUUUCCUUUUGUGUUUGUUUGGGUACAUUUUAAAAGGUUGUCAUUAUGUGCUGUGCAAUACGACAGUGGAUGCAUGGUUGGGCCCUAACAAAGAUAUCUGGAAGGGAUCUGAGCAUCUUAACCCCAGAGCUUCAUCUUUUUAUUAUUUUUGGACUGAUAUAUUCAAUGCACUGUGACAAUAUGUAGAGCUACAACAGUUCAAUGUUAUUAUUCCAAACGUGCAGUUAACUUCUACUGUAAAACCACAAAACAAACACCACUUCUCUGCAGCUGAUAGAAGGGGUUUAGAAGUUGCUUUUAGAUUUCACUGUUUAAUCAAGAGUAGUGCAGUUCUCUUCCUCUUCGCCUUCCAUCUUUUCAAGGACUGACUUGAUUUCAGUAGUUGUCUGGUCUAUUUUGACUAUAGCAGCGUUUCCCAAACUCGGUCCUGCACCCCCACUAACACUACCACAGAUGAUUGAAAUCAUCCAACUGAUCAUUAAGCUUUGAUCAAGGGGCAAUAACCAAAACGUGCACCCCUUGGGGGGAGGGGGGGGGGCAGGACAGAAUUUGGGAAACGCUGGACUAGAGUAUUGGUACUGACCUGGUUGACAGAAGAAUGAUGGUUAUAACUCUUUCGGCUGCGUUUACACAGGCAGACCAAUUCUGACCUGUUUUUGGUUUUAUUUUGCCACUAAUUGGUCUUUUGACCAAUCGGAUCAGAUGUUUUGCCACUAAUUGGUCUUUUAACCAAUCGGAUCAGAUGUUUUGCCACUAAUUGGUCUUUUAACCAAUCGGAUCAGAUGUUUUGCCACUAAUUGGUCUUUUGACCAAUCGGAUGGGAUAUUUUGCCCAUAAUUGGGCUGCGUGUGUAAACGCAGCCUUUACGUACCUCUUCACAAUAAUAUGGUCUGAACUCAUGUACUGGUGUUUGCAGGUCCAUUCUGUAAAACCCAGAGAUGUAAGACAACAUUACAUCCAUGUAACCAAUGUCUGUGUUGUCGUCCAUUUUUAUUUUGUCUUGAUGAGAUUUAGUUGCUUUUAUCUAAAAGAAAAAAAAUGUAUUUUUACCAUGUUUGUCUUGUUGUUUUGUUUUCCAGCUAGCUGACACUUUUAUUAUUUUUUUAAAGGGGAAGGAUGAUUUUGGGGUUGUACGUUUUCAAUGUCUUGUUUAAUUUAAAAUCUCCUAGUGGUCGUAACAGUGACAUGAAUAAUGUGAUUACUGUUGUUAAGAUGAGACUGAUUCCCUGGUCAUAGAUUGACUCAGGUGUUUGUUUGUUUUUCAAUACAAGAACACCUCUGCAGAAGAAUAAAAAAUCCUAUAAGAUAUUUUGCAAUUUAACUAUAUUUUCACCAAAAGAGACUUGUUAUGUUGUGAAAUCUAUAACAUGUCUGCAACUAUUGUGUGUGUGUGUGUGUGUGUAUAUAUAUAUAUAUAUUGUAAGUCUUUAGAAAUCGUGGAGAUUGCGAUGAAGUAAGGAAUGGAGUUAUUUUCCUCAUGUUGUAGCUGUGUGACUAUAUAAUAGGAGCGUUUUUUAAUUAUUUUCCUCUUUAGUGUUUCUGAUAAAUAGCACUCUACAGUUGGUUAGAUUCAGGGUUGUGGUCAAUUCCAUUUCUCAUUCCAGUCAAUUCAGAAAGUAAACCAAAUUUGAAAAAAAUCCUAAUUGAACAGCAUUGAAUGGAAUUGGAAUUUAGAAUUGUCAUUUCAGUGUACUUCCUGAAUUGAACCCUUAUACCUUUUUAGAUGUAGUUUCUCAUCAACACAACUACUGUUGAUCGGAAGGGUUGGCAGUUGAACUGUAGGGAAUCACCUAGCUAUUUCUCAUCACUAUCACGCAACACUCAUAGGUUGCAUUUAUACAGGCAAGCCCAAUUAUCCACACAACAUCUGAUUGGUCAAAAUAACAAUUAGUGGCAAAGGAUCUGAUCUGAUUGGUCAAAAUACCAUUUAGUGGCAAAGGAUCUGAUCUGAUUGGUCAAAAUACCAUUUAGUGGCAAAGGAUCUGAUCUGAUUGGUCAAAAUACCAUUUAGUGGCAAAGGAUCUGAUCUGAUUGGUCAAAAUAACAAUUAGUGGUAAAAAAACCAGAACUGGUCUGCCUGUGUAAAUGCACCUGCAGUGUAACUCUCUACCACAGGAAGUUGGUGGGAGGAGCGAUAGGAGGCUGGGAUGGAUUAAAUUAAAACGAUAUAAAACACACCAAGCGAUGACCCUGUCCUCCUAUAGUUGCUCCCAGCAGCCUCCUCUGCUAUGUACAUAACACCUUAUGUUAUUAUUGGUUACAAUGGGAGGGAAUCAGCUGCUGUGGUACCCUAUUCCCUAUGUAGUGCACUACUUUAGACCAGAGCCCUAUGGCACCCUAUUCCCUAUGUAGUGCAAUACUUUUGACCAGAACCCUAUGGCACCCUAUUCCCUAUGUAGUGCAAUACUUUUGACCAGAGCCCUAUGGCACCCUAUUCCCUAUGUAGUGCACUACUUUAGACCAGAGCCCUAUGGCACCCUAUUCCCUACAUAAUACACUACAUUUUGUGGAUUCAGCCUGUGUGUUGCAGCAGCUCUCUCGUCGUUUCCUGACGUCAAUCACUCUAUUCCUAUAGUUCUGUUCUGUCUCCUGUCGCAAUUCAUUCAGAAAUCCUUCCCAUGCUGGCUUUGUUAGUGUUGUAUUUUCUUGUCCUUUCCUUUUGAGUCUAUAGAGGAGUUAUUUCUUCACAAUAUCAACCUUCUGAAGUGACUGGUUAUAUGACCAUGACACACUGGUAUCUAGGAACCAUAUUAGAAUAUAAAGACUAUUUAACCAAUGAUUAUUUUUUUAUUUUUUUUUAAUGACACUGUAGAAGAGGUUUGUGCUGCUGGACUGGGUUGAUUUUUGUCUGUCACGGUAUGGUAUUAAUGCAGGGACAAAAAGCCCGUAUCCACAAAUUAGUGGAUAUUUUAAAAGCAAUGAGUGGAUAUGUAAAACAAGAGUUUGGAUUUCUCCCUCUCAUUUUCUCUCCUUGUAUUUGUCCUUUUUUUUUAAUGUGGUUUGGAUUCCUUGGCCUACAGAUUGUUGUGUGAGUGAUCAGCACUAAUGAAGCUUGGUGUAUUAUAUUUAUAAUAUAUUUUGAGAAUAUUUUUUUCUUUCUUUCUUUCUCCGGGAUGAACAAGCUCCAUGUCAGAGGAGCUUGUUCAUUUCAAUAAUCUAUAAUAAAAAGCAGAGAUUAAUUUUUAAUUCA